AUGUCUCUGGUCAAAACUGUGACUCUUGCCGGCACAUGGGCCUGGGGAGAUUCUACCUGGCAGUAUACACCCAAAGAUUUAGAGAACAUCAAGGAUGCUUGGCGGGCUUGUUUGAAGGCUGGGUUGGUGUUCUUUGAUACCGCUGAGAUCUAUGGAGCUGGAGAAUCGGAGAGAAUUAUCGGACGUCUGAUCAAGGAAGAGACUUCGGAAGAAGACAAGUCAAAGAUCUUUAUCGCCACGAAAUUCCUCCCGGUACCCCAUCCCAAGACCGGCCUAUUCUUCUUCAGUCCUCCUAUUGUGGAACGCUUGAAGUCAUCCCUUCAACGUCUGGGGCUCGAUUCAGUCCCUCUUUACCAGCUCCAUUCCUCCAUCUCGUUACACUCCCACGAGACUCUGGCGGCCGGGCUUGCAGCAUGCGUCAAGCUCGGUCUAGCAAAGGCGGUCGGAGUGUCAAACUUUAGUAAAGAUGAGCUGAUCAAAAUGGACGAGCUCCUCAAGAAGCAUGGAGUGACGCUGGCUUCCAACCAAAUCGAGUUCAACCUUCUCCGUCAGCUUCCGGACCAGAAUGGUCUUCUGGAGGAGAUGAAGAAGAGGGACAUUGCUUGUCUUGCUUACUCUCCUUUGGCCAUGGGGAGGCUCACCGGAAAGUACAAUGCUUCCAACCCUGUCCCAAGCGGACGAAGGUUUAGCGCCCAGCACUCCUGGGAGCAGCUCGAGCCCCUCAUUACCGAACUUGGCCGUAUCGCCGACAAGUAUGGCGUCAAGCACUCGGCGGUCGCUCUGAACUGGGUCAUGUCUAAAGGUGCUAUCCCUCUUGGAGGAGCCAGGAAUGGGUCGCAGGCGGAGCAGAACGCCCAAGCGACUACAUUUGAGCUUACGCCAGAAGAAGUCGACAGUCUUUCGAAACUCGGCUUUUCCGGAAAGAAGUGA